AUGGUGCACCAGCGGCCAGAUCGUGGGGAACUUCUACGGUACGGGAAUGCUCGGAAACAUCAAGCCUUGUACACUGCCGCCGCCAGGCUUUGGUCACAUGGAGUUCCGAUGGCAGAAGCAAUCAAGAUUGUGCCCAGCAUGCCGCCCAAGAAGAGGACAUCAGGUGGCCAGCCUCAGGCACAGAGACCGAAGAAGGCAAAAUCUGGAGAAGGAGUUUCUCCAGAUGCGAUGGCCUUACCUCACAUGGCCAACGCCAUUGGCUUCUUCAAGUUCCUGGACAACAGCUUUCCAGCGACCUCGGGGGUGUCAAUUCGAGCCCAUGAAGAUCUUGGCAUCGAAGAUGUCAAGUUGCUGAGCCCAGGGAACGCCUUUAUGGUGAAGGGCUGGAAUAGAAGCGUAUGCUGUUUGACGGUCUGCUAUGCAGCUUACCAGAAUCCUCAUCUGCUGCAGGUCGUGCGCUUGGAGAAGGACUGGCUGGCAAUUGCACCCAAGAACCGCCGGCCUUGGAACUUGAAAGAUGUGGACUCUAGGUUCGAGUUGCGUCAUGGAGAUGCAGAUCUUACACAGUUGCUACCAGCAGAUUUGCAAAGAGUCUCCAUCUUUUCUUCGCAUAUUCAGAAGUACUAUGCUCAGGGAGCGCUGGACUUCAAGCACAUCAAUGACCGUUUUCAAAAAGGUAAGGAGUGGUGCAGUGACUUUCUGGAACGGAAGCAUCAACUGAUUCAUGUCAAUUCGCUGGUGUUAGCGCACAGCACCAUCGUAUCAGCCCAAGCGGAGAUGGGACCCGACGGGCUCACAAUCCUUGUGGUCGAUGCAACGCUGUGGCCCACACGUCAGAUAUCAAUUGACGAGGCCAUUCAACUCUGUGCGUCGGUGAGCUCUGGAAACACCAGCUCAGUUGCCUUCUUUUGCAUGCCCCAAUGUCACUCUAGCACGAAGCGAGACUCAGUGCUGAAGAACCGAAGACUUUUGGAGGACAAAGUGGGGGCGUGCCCUGUUUGUAUGGCUGCCAUUUGUGCCUCGUCGAACUCGGCCUUCACGAAGUCCAAAGCUCUCCUGGGAAGCAUUUGCGACAUCGAACGAAGCAGAGUUGGAGAACUCCAGAAUCCGGAUCCCGAGAGAUCGCUAGCGCCACAUUGGCGUGUCCAACAGAGAGGCAUCAGUGCAACUUCUGGCAUCAUCAAGCACUUGCUUGAAGGUGUUUCGAGCAAUGCACAGCAGCCGGUGCUGGUGUGUGACCUCUUGCCCAACAGGUUCAGUGAGUGGUCCUUGGCGACGUGGGACUUGCAAUCAGCUUUCCUGAUGGAAACGAAUCGGGAAUUGGAUCUGCGCUUCUUGGGGGUGUAUCACUCCGACAAUGCUGAUGAGCUAAGUGCUGCCAAUGAAGUGCUGAUGGGUCGGCUCAUCGCCGACUAUUGGGAUGGAUGUGACAAAGCAGGUCCCAAGACCAGAGAAGCCAGUGGCUUUUCCGAGGCUUUUCCAACUUUGCAGAGCUUGGUUGUCAAUGAAGGUGAAAUCAAGCUUCCAGAAUUGCUGCAGCAGAAGUACUCGCAACAAGCUGGUUUGAAAGAGUUCUUAGAGAAGAUCUCUGCGGAUGCUGACAUGGCUGCAGCUCUGAGGUCCUACCAUGCAGCCAGCAAUCGAAGCAGUCCUGGAAAGCCAGUUGCAGCCGCCACCACCACCAUGACCAGGACGCUCGCGUCGCCUGAGUGGACAGGCGAUGCACCGCUGAAUUUCCGCAAGCCGCUCAACUUGGAUGAGGUUUCCAUGAGGGUGAAGAUUUGCAUCACCAGUGGCAACCACUUGUGGCUUAUCAAUAAAAGUGGGAAUGGCUCUGUCGUUGAGGUUCCACCAGGUGAGCUCUUUGGCUUAAAUGUUGGCCAAUUCCAAGAAGUACCGCUAGGCAGUGCUGAUCCCUCGGAUGCGCACCUUGGCUGGGUCAUGAACCAAGACAACUCCUUGGUGGCCAUGGCGGAUACCAAAGAGAUCAAAUCUCUUGCCGAGAUCAUGUGUGACGUUGCCAAGCAUCAGGGCGCAACCGAGAUCAGAAUUAUUGACCACAGUGUGCAGCCUAAGGCUGGACCUGAUGGGAGGGCUUUGGCCUAUCGCUACAACAUCUCACCUAUGGGCAGUGUAAAUGCAUACAGGCCCAAGGAGGUUGGAAGUGAUGUCGACCGGAUGAGCAUGCGGUCCGUGCAACUGGGCGCUACGUUCAAUGCCAAAUACUCCCAGUUGCCGAAAUGCCAGCUGUGCAAUUUGAUGUGGGAGGUCAAGGUGGAUGCAUCAGUACCCGCCGUGCUGAAGCCCAUCAAGCCAAAAUUCUAUUUGUUGGGUGUGAUCACCAUCAAAGAUGGAUACGCACGCCAGGAACCUUCCAAGGUCUCGAUUUCGAAAGGCUUGUACAAGAACGGCAUGUAUGGUUUCAAGAUCAACGGCAGUGAAAAGCUACGAGACACAAUGGUGGCCGCUGCUUUGGCCAAGAGCAAACCGUCGACUGAGUUGGCGGAUGAGGAAGCGCCUGAAUUGGAGGACGCUACAGCUGAGGGGGAAGAGGAAGAACCUGCAGAAUGUGAUGAUGUUGAGGACAUCGAAUGA